AAAGCUGAAAGUGAGAAGAAGCAUUUCCCCCUCUCGAUUCCAAAAAGGGGAAACCAGCAGCAGCGGCAAGGUUCAUCCGCUCCGCCUCGCAAGCAGCGGCUGAUCCACGAGCAAGGGGUCUAACCUCCCUCGAAUCUCCAGUCAUGAAGUGCCGCUCGGAUUCGUCGGGCGGGGACGAAGACCACCGGGCACCGGCCGCCGCUGCCACGGGGGGUGGCGGCUUGGGCGAGCCGAGUAAGAAGCAGCGGACGGAGGAGCCGUCCUCCAGCUCCAGCGGGGCGGGAGAGUGCUCGUCCUCGUCAGCGUCCGUGCAGGCUCCACCGCCGCCGACGCAGCGGGAGCAGUCAGCGCCGGAUGCAAGAGAGGGCGAGCAGCUGCCGCCGGACGCUGAUGCAGGAGGGGGCGAGGAGGCGAGGGUGCCGGAUCUCGGGGAGGACCUGGUGUUCGAGGUGCUGAUGCGAGCGGAGGCGCGGACGCUGGCGACUGCGGGAUGCGUGAGCCGGGGCUGGCGGCAGCUGGCGCGGGACGAGCGGCUGUGGGAGGCGGCGUGCGUGCGGGAGUGGGCAAACCUUGGGUACCCCGAGCAGAUGCUUCGCACGGUCGUGCUCUCGUUCGGCGGCUUUCGCCGCCUAUACGAGCUCUACAUCCGUCCAGUCCAGCGGCGUGCUGCAGGCGCGCCACCUGGGCAACGGAGGGGGCAGGUGCCGGUGAGGCUGGGCCGGGAUCAGGUCCAAGUCUCACUGUCCCUGCUCUCGACCUCGUUCUUUCUGAAGAUGCCUAAUUGCCCUCCUCCUAAGAAGGACAAGGGUAACGAUAGAGAUAAGAAUGGAGGUGGUCAGUGUGGGUGAUGAAGUUUGUGAAAUUUAGUGAGCCUACUUCCGAAGCAGCAUCACUAGUUCACCACAAGCUGCUUAUGCAAUAUCAGUUAGCCAGAUCAUGGUUCUUUACUACAUUUGUGGCAGUUAGAUUGUGAUAGUAUCCCUUGGUUGGUGGAUGUAGAUAGGUGUGUAUGUACUGAUGGGGAGGCAGAUAAGCUGCAUGAGAUGGGUUGAAGGGUGUUGCAGUAGUUCCUUGGAUAGCUACCUAGUCUAUGUGAUGUACCUGCUAAAUGACACAAAAUCUGUUAAUGAGUAAAGUUUCCUUAAAAUAUAUAUGUCAAGAGAGCAGCAGGCAUCAUCUUCUUUGUGCUGUCGUGCCAUGUACUUGUCAAAUCCCCAUGGGUCAGAGGGCAUGCUUAGGUGGAGAGGGUACGUUUAAGCAUUAACUUUAUAAUUUGGGAAAUAGCUGAUGUGUUGAUUUCUGCUACUAAAGUUCAGUUUAGUACUGUUUUUUAAUCCUACUAUUAGGUUUAUUAAGCCAACAUGAUGCUUUACAGUUGUGUGUGGACUCAUGCAGUUCAUUUCAGAUGGAUCAAUCUGUUUCUUAAGUUGAUUUUUUCUCUCAAUUUGCGUCUUCAAAAUUUUAAUCUUCAUUCCUGAUAUUUUAUCAAUCUUUGAUUUUUGUAAGAUAUAAAGUUUACAAAUUGCUUCACUGUUGUUUCUUUUUGGUGUGGUAAUUAGUAUUUAACUCACCAAAGUUUUUUCCUUAAAU